AUGCUGCUGCCAGCAGAAGUCGUUGCUGCUCUGCUGGCGACUUUCACCGCCAGCCGCAUUUGCCAGUACUGCCGUUUGGCUGAGGGUUUUGUGCGCAGCAUUUGGCUCGCAGUGCCUCUGGGAGGCAGCGAGGGAAAAAAGGUGUACAUACACCCCAAGCUGUCUUUAGUGCAGCUGCGGCUGCUGCGGACGAAUUUGGUUUACCGCUUUGAGGCUUUUAGGCGGCAACUUCCCUUAAUAAUUGGCACUUCGGCCGCGCUGGCGGCGGCUCUGUGUCUUCCGGAGUUUCCGCUGCAUCGCCUUUUAGGCCUUAAUACUUUUUCGGAAACUCUCCACAAGGUUGUGCAGCAAUGGGCCUUCGAGUUGGUGCCCCACAACUUCAAGGGCGUUAGCAGCAGCGGCCUCAGCCUUGUUGUUGCUUGCUGCUGCUGCUGCUGGCUGCUGCUGCUGGCAGCAGCAGCAGCAGCAGCAGUAGGCGAGGUGGAGGGGCUAAAGGCAGCAAUUGAGGAACCUUCGAAAUAUGUCAAUAAAGCCCUUUGGGCAGCUUUGGGUGCUGCGGCCCCUUCGCUUCCUGCUGCUGCUGCUGCUGCUGCUUUCUGGAUUAUAAGUCCAAGUAUGCUGAAGUUCAUCAGAAUCUCUCUUGCUGCUGCUGCUUUGCUGCUGCGCAUCUCAGCAGCAAAAGACUUAGUACAGGUCUCGCUGCUGCGGCAGAGUAAUGAGCUCUCGCAGUUGCUGCAGCAGCAGCCGCAGCAGCAGCAGCAGCAGCAGCAAAAGAACGACAGCAGCAGAUUAAUGAGGGCCACUCAAUGCGUCUCUCUGGCCAACAGAACGACGUCAGUGCGAGCAGCAGAAGUUUUGCUGCUGCCGGUGCUGCUGCUGCUGCUGCUGUUGCUGACUUUGCUGUUUAGCACAGCAGCAGAAGUGGCGCCGCCUGCUCCUCCUCCCUUUUUAAACGAAUUGGUUCAAGAAGAAAAAACAAAUUUAGAUACUGCAGCAGCAGCAGCAGCAGCAGCAAAUGCAUGCACGCAAGUGCAUGCAGCAGCAGCAGCAGCAGCAGAUCCUGCUGCUGCUGCUGCUGGUUGCUGCCACAAGACUUCUCUGCUUGAAGAGGCGCUGUGUCCCGAAGUGUACGUACACCUGAAGGAGCAGCUGUCCAAAGAAGGCAAAAGUGGAGGAAAAAAAACUUUUGGAAUUCGGCAAAACGAGAAAAAAGAUUUGGGGCUGCAUGCGCAUGCAUUUGUGGGGCUGCAUGCGCAUGCGUUUGUGGGGUUGCGAGCGCAUGCAUGCGCAUGCAGCCCCCCCGUGGGGCCGUUUUUAACAGUUUUUAGACCUUUUUUUCUUCUUUUUUUUGGAAACAAGAAAGAAAAAGAAGAAGCUUUUAGUCUUUUCGGAAGACUGCAGCAAAUAGAAGCCAUGAAGUGGCGAGAAGGGCCUUCGGAGUUUUCCAUUUGGGGCCCCGAAGUGCUGGCGAAGCGAAAAACGAUUUGA